AUUUGAAAUUUGAUGUGUGUGUUGUAUGUGUGUGUGAUAUGAUGUGAUACGAUCGAAAAGUUACUCUCAUCCGACGACGACGACUACAAAUUUAUAAAAAUUAAAGAACAAGUUUUUCAUUUCAUAUUUAAUUUGAUUUGAGUUUCGUGUAAUUCACAGUUUCCAAAAAAAAUUAUUAACUUUUCUGAAUCAUUUGAAAAACUGCACAGAAGACGAAAGAAAAUGGCCAAAUUAACAGCAACCAAAUGUCCAUUUUUAAAUAAAUUUUCAUUAUCAUUUUUGAAUAAUUAUUCUAAUGUUUUAAUGAAUAAUUUUUUAAACAAAUGUCCACAUAUGUCCAAACGAUUAUCAUCAUCUGAUUUUAAUCAUCCAAUGGACCAACCACAACGUUUUCAACAACAACAAAUGGCUACAAAUACUGAUCCAGCAACAAGUGAUGAUCAUGAUUCACCGCAAGUUUAUCAAAAACAUCAUUCAAAACCAAAAAAUCAUCCAAACACCAACACUAACAUGGAAGGUGAUCCAUCCCAAUGUCCAUUUUUCGAUAUUUUCAAGCCAACAUUACAGAAAGCAAGUGACAAUGUUGUACAGGAUAUUUGUGAGGUGAAAAAUACAAUGGCCAAUGUUAAAAAUGAAUUUCAUUAUGAACGUUUUUUUGUUGAACAAAUAAUGAAAAAGAAAAAAGAUCAUAGUUAUCGCAUAUUUAAAAAAGUAGCAAGGGAUGCUAAAAAUUUUCCAUAUGCAAAAGAAUUUAGCGAAAAUAACGGCAAUAAUGAUAAACAAAUACAAGUUUGGUGUUCAAAUGAUUAUAUGGGCAUUACUACACAUCCUGAAGUUAAACAAGCUAUUAUUGAUGCUGUGGAAAAAUAUGGUUCAGGUAGUGGUGGUACAAGAAAUAUAUCCGGUAACACACCAUGUCAUUAUGAAUUGGAAGAAGAAUUGGCUCGCCUGCAUGAUAAAGAAUCGGCACUGAUAUUUACAUCUUGUUUUGUUGCUAAUGAUUCAACAUUGUUUACAUUGGGAAAAUUAUUACCAGGUUGUCAUAUAUUUUCCGAUGCCGGUAAUCAUGCAUCAAUGAUACAAGGCAUUCGUAAUAGUGGUGCGCCAAAACAUAUAUUUCGUACUUGUGAUCCAAUACAUUUGGAGCAAUUAUUGAAAACUGUUGAUUAUUCGGCACCGAAAAUCGUUGCAUUCGAAACUGUUCAUUCGAUGACUGGUGAUAUUGCACCAGUUGAACAAUUGUGUGAUGUUGCACAUCGUUAUAAUGCCCUAACAUUUGUUGAUGAAGUGCAUGCUGUUGGUUUGUAUGGUAAAUAUGGUGCUGGUAUUGGUCAACGUGAUGAUGUUGUCGAUAAAAUGGAUAUUAUUUCCGGCACAUUGGGUAAAGCUUAUGGUAAUGUCGGUGGUUAUAUUGCCGGUAAUCGUAAUCUAAUCGAUAUGAUUCGGUCAUAUGCUGCUGGUUUCAUAUUCACAACAUCAUUACCGCCAACUGUAUUGAAAGGUGCUAUUACAGCUAUCAAGAUUCUUAAAAGUUCGGAAGGACAAAUGCUUAGAAAAAUGCAUCAAGAAAAAGUUGCCUAUUUCAAACAAUGUUUGAAAAAAUAUGGUAUACCGCAAUUGGCAAGUAAAAGUCAUAUAAUACCGAUACCGAUUGGUAAUCCUUAUCUAAGUAAUUGGAUAUCGAAUGAAUUGAUGGCACAAUAUGGUCAUUAUGUACAGGCAAUUAAUUAUCCUACUGUACGAAAAGGUGAAGAACGUCUUCGUAUUGCACCAUCGCCAUUGCAUUCAUAUGAAAUGAUUGAUCGAUUUAUUGAGGAUUUUGUUCAAGUUUAUAAACGUGCCGGAUUAUUUCGAAUGAACGAACAAAAUUGGACAAGUCCAACCUGUUCACACUGCAAUAAACUUUGGAAAAUUGAUUUGGAUAGUUUUCCGUGUGGAAUGGAUAAAAAAUGUCCAUUAUAUGUUUCAUGUUAGUUAAGAAAAAAUACAUUAUUAUUAGCCUUAUUUUUGUUAUAAAUUUUUUUCAAAUUGAAUAAAUAAAAAUGUCAUUGAAUUUUUAUCUGCCAUCA